AUGGAGAACCAAACUGAUAAGAAGAUUACUUGGGUGAUUAAAAAUUUCUCAACUUUGACAUCCAAGAAGAUAUUUUCUGAUGAAUUCGUGGUUAGUGGCUGCAGAUGGCGUCUAAUGGCCUUUCCCAAGGGAAACAACAAGCCUAAUCAUUUAUCUCUGUACCUCGUCGUUGCUGAUUCUAAAAGUUUGCCUCUUGGAUGGAGAAGACACGCUAAAUUCUCCUUUACAAUAGUGAAUCAAUUUUCGGAUCAACUGUCCCAAACUGAAGAAUUGCAGAAAUGGUAUGAUCAGAAGACACCAGACUGGGGUUUUACAAAUAUAAUUAGCCUUACCAAACUUCAUGCGGGAGAAGGGUUUUUGGUGAAUGGAGAUGUCAUUGUUGCUGUCAAAGUUGAUGUUCUUGAGGUUGUAGGGAAAUUAGAUGUGUGGGAAGAAUCUUCACCGGUAAUGGAGACCAUAGAUGUGAAUGGGUUUCAAGUCCUUCCUUGUCAGGUAGAGUCUGUGAAGCGUUUGUUUGAAAGACACGUUGACAUUGCAUCAAAGUUCCGUGCAAAGAAUCCGUUUCUGAAGACGGCGUGCAUGAAUGUUCUGCUAAGCUUAACUCAGACGAUGUGUCAGUCGCCUCAGGAGAUAUCUAAGGAUGAUCUUGCAGGGCAAUAUGCUGCUCUGUCGUAUUUGAAAGAUUCAGGGUUUGAGUUGGGUUGGUUGGAGAAGAAGCUUGAUAAACGGAAGUAUACAGACUUGGAAGCUCAAUUAGAUAAAGUGGAGGACGAGUUGUUUGUAGCUAGAGCUCCUGAUGUCUCCUUGUACGAUGACAAUGCUGUCUGA